AUGGUUUUAAAACUAUUAGUGGCGAUGCGUCUAUGGACAUUCUUGGUCGGUGCUACCCUCAGUUUUACGAUUGGCGUUUGGUGGUGUCGCUAUAUUGUACCGCGACCAGGUACAUUGAAAAGUCGAAUUUGUGAAGAAUUACAGAAUGCCGCAAAGCCAACAAAACCAAAGCAUCUUAGAGACGAAAUUGAAAGCCGAGACCUUUUAUUUAUCGGCGUUAUGACUUCACAAAAAUUUCUAACAACGCGUGCGAAAGGGGUACAUAAUACUUGGGGUGAUAAAGUUCCAGGUCGGUUGGUAUUUUUCGCCGGUAAGGGGGACACAACCCCCAGGGUCGACUUUCCGGUGGUGUAUCUUACCGUACCGGAUAACGUGCACCCGCCUCAGCGGAAAUCCUUGGCGAUGCUGAAAUAUAUUCAUGACAAUUUUAUCGAUAAAUUUCAAUGGUUUAUACGCGCAGACGACGAUGUUUAUAUAAGGACGGGAAGAUUAGCGGCGUAUUUGCGGAUGAUAGAUAGUUCGGAGCCGUUAUUGCUUGGUCAAGCCGGGCAGGGCAAGAAACACGAGAAAGGGAGACUGGGUCUGAGGGAUGGAGAUAAUUUCUGCAUAGGUGGGCCAAGUAUCAUCAUGUCUCGUGGUGUUCUGAGAAUGGUCACGCCACAUUUAGAAUUUUGUUUGGAUAAUACCGCGACUUCUCAUGAAGAUACAGAGGUCGGGAGAUGCUUGAGAAAUUUUGCUGGAGUCAUGUGCCCCUGGGCUUACGAGGUGAGUAAGGCUCUGUUCGCAAUCGUUACGUAUGCUAUUGAAAAGCUCUAUAUAUCUUGGAAUGAAACUUCGGAUUUUUUGGACUCGAGUGCUCCCGAUAUAUAUGAAGCUUUGCAUUAAGUGCGACGUGUUGUAAAAUUCGUAACCAUCAAUGAUUCGUGCUAAAACACAAGAAAUGAUUUUCCUUUUUUAAUUAAUAUUUUUCUUAAUUUUGCUUUCUCACAAAGUGAUUUUCAGAUACGUCCUGAACUAAAUAAACAAACUUACAAGGAAGACAUGCAUAUACUACUUGACUAUGAAAAAUAUUUUAAAAGUUUCAAAGAUUGCUGAAAAAGUUUCUCCCAAAUGUAGAAAUACUACUAGGGAGUUUUAUCUUUCUUUCAAAAACGCAUUAAUAAUUUAUGAACCAAUUAUCCAAUCUUGAGUAAGAAAUUAGUCACGUGCAUACGUCUUUAUACCAGCUAAAGAACACUUUAACAAAAGACCAUUGUUAUGCAAACUAUAUAAAGAUUUUUAUAUAAAGAUUUUUAUAUAAAGAUUUGACUUAAUAUGCAUACGUUUUUGAAGCCAUUUAAAAAACUCGCAGGUCGUGUUUUAUUGGGUCUAAAGCCACUCGCGCUGCGCGCUCGUGGCUUUAAACCUAAUAAAACACUCCUGCUCAUUUUUUAAAUAGUACGUCCAAGUUGUUCCAGUCAAAAAGUGAAUUUCUUGUCUUUUUCUAGACGAGAGAAUUAUUCCAUCAUGUCUAUGAAAACCAAGAUAAAGCCUACCACGACAGCUUGGCUACACCAGAAGUAGCCAACGCCAUUACACUCCAUCCAAUCAAAGACCCGGCCUACAUGAGGAGACUUCACGUGCACUAUAUCACCAUGGCAACACAAGAACUAGACCACAAGGCUUGGUUACUGAGACAUCGACUCAAAAAUUCCCGCGUGGCGACAAAACUCGUGCGUACAACCGCAAGAGUAACAAAUUCUUCAAACGUUUUCCAAAAAAGAGCGAACUUUUUUGGAAACAUUCAAAGCAAUAGCUCACUCCCCUGGGAGCAUUUUAACACGAGACAAGUGUUUUCGGUCACAGAAAAGGCUCCAUUGCGCUGGAUCCAUGAUUCACUACGAGAUGGGCUCUUAAAGGUAGUCCGUGAUGGAAAGAAAGUUAUUCAAAAGGAAAACGAGCUAAAAGCGUACCAUGCAAUGCGUUUUGGUAAAGACAUUUUAGGAUACUCCCGUUAUCAUCCUGUUUUUGGCCAACAGUCGAUCAUUUUCUUGAACAGCGUGAAUCUUAUUCAACAUUUUGCGCGGGAAAAGCAGAGAAAAUCCGUCACGAAAAAAUGGUUGCAAUUCCAGCAGCCUUAUACGCCGCUACAUUUACGUACAAUUCCGAACCACCACUUGGAAACCGUACAUUUUGUCGUCCCGCUUGCCGGAAGACUGGAAAACUUUCGACGAUUUUUAUCGAGUUUUGAGCAGGCGUUCCUUCGUCGCGACAAAAAGGUUAAAUUGUUAGUGGUCUAUUUCCCGAAACUCAAAGACUCGAAAAAGCAUCAGAAACUUUUGAGCAUGUACAAAAAGAAGUAUCCGCAUGACGUGUUUCACUGGCUCAAUGUGAACUCGGCCAUAUUUCAGCGAGGACUGGCGCUGAACAUGGGCUCGAAAUAUUUUGGCAAGCAAGCGCUGUUGUCUUUCACUGACGUUGAUUUAGUUUUCAACACCGAGUAUUUAUAUCGUUGUCGGGUGAAUACGAUUCCCAAAGAACAAAUCUAUUUUCCCAUAAUGUUUAGUAAAUUUCACCCGAAUAUUACAAGAACGGGGAAAACGAAGCCGAGAAACGUGUUCACGUUUGAAAAAGACGCGGGUUUGUGGCGAGUUUACAGCUACGGGCCUGUUUGUGUUUACAGCGAUGACGUCAGCGCCGUCCGGGGUUUUAACACGACAAUAAGGGGCUGGGGACUAGAGGAUGUCGAGUUUUUCGAAAAGUUCGUAAAGGGUGGACGGUUUAGGGUGUUUAGAGCGCCCGAUCGCGGGCUAAUGCACGUGUUUCAUAAGCAUGCGCCUUGCUCGCCCAGGUCCACAUUUAGACAGCAAAAAAUGUGUCGGGACGCAACGGCAGCUUAUCUCAGUUCCACAUCGUCCGCGUUGGAUCACCUUUUAAAGAAACAAAUAUUAAAAUAUAAAGAUUACUUUUAGUUUAGAUAGAAUUGUAUCUCAAUGUAG